AUGUUGCAAGCUGUUGUAGUUGUAUGGUGUGCACUGGGCAUACACAUUGCCCAUGGUGCCGCCACUACUGCAAACCCAGGUUGUGGAACUGUCCCAGCCGAUAUUGUCUUUUUGCUUGAUGCAUCCGGAAGUGUAGGAUCUUCGAAUUUCCAGAAACAAAAGGCAUUUGUUGCCAGGUUUGCUAAUUCGUUUAACAUUGGGCCACACAACGUCCAGAUUGGCGUGACAACGUUCUCCACUUCAACGCAUAACCAGUUUAACUUAAACAAGUAUUCAAGCAAGGCGCCAUUGGUACAAGCUAUUAACUCCAUUCCUUACCAGUCUGGAAGUACCAUGACCAGCCAGGCCUUGACCUAUGUCACACAGAACAGUUUUACUCAUGCUGCUGGUGACAGAGACCACGUGGCCAAUAUCCUGAUCGUGAUGACGGAUGGUCAAUCAAAUAACAAGCCUGCAACAAUAUCCGCCUCCGAUAAACUUCACCACACAAACAUUAAGACAUUCGCCAUUGGAAUCGGGAGUGGGCAUCGAUAAUGGUGAGCUACGCCACAUCGCUUCUGACUCAAAUCAUGUCUUCACCGUCUCCAACUUUGAUGCCCUCACUACCCUACAAGCUGAGCUUAAGAAGACGGCCU